AUGUUCUCCAACGCAACAACCUCCGGCGCAGAGCCAAACAAAGCGAAGUUCACGCACAUCUCCAGACCAUUAGUCCACAACCGCACCAGCAGCAAUUCAUCCUCCUCCUCCGGCUCAACCGAUGGCUCCGACCCCGAUGUUCCAAUCUACCCGGACGGCAAGAUGUCACUCGCCGGGAUCUCGCUCCGCGCAAUGCUCCUAGGCACCAGCUUUGGACUAUCAGCAAGCAUGGCGUUGUUCCUAGGCACCGUGUAUCCAACUCCACUCUGGCGCAUACCCUUCUUCGUCGCUUCGCUGAGCCUGUUCCACUUCCUGGAGUUUUACGUGACAGCGCAAUACAACACGCGACAUGCGACUGUCUCUGCGUUCCUGCUUUCAUCGAACGGAUGGGCAUAUAAUGUUGCGCAUGGGUCUGCCAUUGUGGAGUGCCUUGUGUCGAACGUUUUCUGGCCGGGGCAAACCGCUGUUGGACGGAUGCUCACUGUGGCGGAACCGCUUUUCGGAAGUUCGGUCUCGCUGGUGGUUGUCGGAGGCUUUGUGCUCCUCUUGAUCGGACAGGUUAUUCGGACUAUCGCUAUGGCGCAGGCUGCUAGUAACUUCAACCACCAUGUGCAGAGUCAGCAUCAGGAGGGUCAUGUCUUGGUCAAUACUGGUCUUUAUCGGUAUCUGCGACAUCCCAGCUACUUCGGAUUCUUUUGGUGGGGGUUGGGAACACAGCUUGUACUAGGCAAUAUGGUUUGCUUCGUUGGAUAUGCCCUAGUGUUGUGGCGCUUCUUCUCGAGCCGAAUUAAGCGUGAAGAAGCUUACUUGAUCUCCUUCUUUGGCGAUGAGUAUGUUCAGUACAGAAAAGCUACCCCAGUAGGUAUCCCUGGAAUUUAG